AAACAAGCUUCCAUGUGUCCUUUAAAUACUUCUGGUGCCCGUUCAAUUUCGUCCAACCCGUCGUCUGCCGGAUUGUCGCUUGAACAGACGAACGCCCACCAUGAAGCCUUCGCUGCCUCUGUAUCCCCUCGCGGGGCUGGGCGGUCUCGUGGCGGGACAGAUGAAGCCACUCGUGAGCUCGGAGGCCCUUCGGAAUCUCUUGACCGCCGACGCGCUCAUGAGCAAGGCCCAGAUCCUCGAGGACCAUGCCUACUCCACCCCACAGCGGAAUCGUGUCGUCGGCUCGCCCGGCCUGGAGGCGUCCUUAAAGUACAUCAAGGACACCGUCACCGCACUGGACUACUACGACGUGACGACCCAAGAGUUCACGGUCCUGGGUGCAGGUGAAGCCUCUCUCUCCAUCGCCGGCACAAAAUACGACUCGCUGGUUUUCGGGGGCUCGCCCAAAGGAGCGGCGAGCGCAAAACUGGUGGCUGUGGCCGACCUCGGGUGCAAUGCUACCGACUUCCCCGCAGCCGUCAAGGGGGCAGUUGCCCUGAUCUCGCGCGGCACCUGCGCCUUUGCCAUCAAGGCAAGCAAUGCCGCUGCCGCCGGCGCAGUGGCCGCCAUCAUCUAUAACAAUAACCCCGCCGAAGGCCCCGCUUCGGGCGGGAUGGGGACCGGCUCCUUCGUGCCGACCGUGGGCAUCACCCAAGCGGCAGGCCAGGCGCUGGUCGCCGAGCUGCAAAAGGGCACCGCGCUGACGGCAGACGUGGGCGUCACCAUCACCGAGACCAAGACGUACAACGUCAUCGCCCAGACCAGGGGUGGCGACCCCGAAAACGUCCUCCAGCUCGGCGCCCACGUGGACUCGGUCGAGGUCAACCCGGGCGUCAAUGACGACGGCUCCGGCACCCUGAGCAUCCUCGAGGUGGCGAUACAGCUCGCCAAGUUCUCCGUAAACAAUGCAGUCCGCUUCAGCUGGUGGUCGGCCGAGGAGGCCGGGCUGGUUGGCUCGACCGAGUACGUCAAGUCGCUGAGCCAGGCCGAGCGCGACAAGGUCCGGCUCUACCUCAACUUCGACAUGGUCGCGUCUGUCAACUGGUUCUACGCCAUCUACGCGUCCAACGGCACCGGGUUCGAAGGUCGCACGCCGCCUCCGGGCGUGGUCGAGGCCGAGAAGAUGUUUCAGGAGUAUUUUGUGGACGUCGCGGGCCUCAACUACACGUCGUUUGACCUGCGAAAGGCCAGCGACCACGGCCCCUUCAUCGACGCUCGCAUCCCCACCGGCGGCUUGUUCACAGGUGGGUCGGAGCUCAAAACUCCCGAGCAGGUCGCCAUGUUCGGCGGAACCGUGGGCGCGCCCUCCGACCCCGAGAACCACAAGGCGGGCGACAAUGUGACCAAUAUCCAUCCUGAACCCUUUCUCCAAGUGACGAAAGCUAUUGCACAUGCCGUGUCGCUCUACGGCCAAAGCUUCGACAGCUUGCCGCAAAGGGUAUCUGGCCAUUUAUGAAAGCGUUUAGCGCGUCCCUCGGUGUCAAUCGCAAGGUAAAUGAAGAAUCAAGAAUAAACCAAGGGAAAUAGUUAGGGAAUAAAUCCAAUAGCAUAUCCACAGGAGGACAACUUCGUCCACGAGCAACCCUCAUCGUCGCCCUUUCCUCCACUCAAUCACCUCGGUAAUGAGGUUCCUCCUUCUUAAA